UUGAAGGCUUCCCCCUUGUCUGUAAAUUUUCUUUUCUCUUUCUUUUAAUUAUAUUUUCUCUUCAUUUACUCCCACCUUCCACGCGCGAAUUUGCAUCGGCAAGCACUAGGUCUUUAUAAGAAACUGAGAGCCGGCUUCCUUCUCAGAAUCAAUUCAUAAGGGAGACAAAAUCUUCAAAACCCUUAUUGAUUUCUGCUGCUCUGCAUACCCUUGGAAGAAAUUUGUAUAUUUUUUUCUGUGAAUUAUUAUGUCAAUGGAAGAUUAUUUUUUGGACUGUGGUCUUUCUACUUCUUCCAAGGGGCAACACCUAGUAGGCUAUGAUCACUGUUUUGAGUUUGAAGAGAUUGAAGACGACGAGGAGGAGUUUGAGGUUGAUUCUUCGAAGGCCGAAUAUCCAUGCCCUUUUUGUACGGAGGAUUUCGACAUCGUUGGAUUGUGCUGCCAUAUCGAUAAGGAGCAUCCUGUCGAGGCCGAGUCUGGGGUACUACUUCCUCUCUCUGUAUGCCCUUUUUGUACUUUGAGAGUGGGGAUGAAUUUAGUUGGACACAUAACCUCACAGCAUGGAGAUUUUUUUAAGCGUCACAAAUUGAAACUUCUUAAAGGGGAAGCCUUUUCAACCCUUCAAUUGCCAAAGAAAGAUGCACUGGAUGGACAUCUGUGGUCUUCUCAUAUGGUUUCUUCCUCAAGUUUGGAACCUGAUCCAUUGCUUUUCUCAUUUAUCCACAACCUGACCACAAUUGAUGAAUCUAAAAGUGUUCGCCAUGAGUUUUUGGCCGAGGCGAACUUGGCAGGAAAAAGCUCAAAUCUAAAUAUGCCACAAAGAGACGUCAAUCCAUGUGCUGCCUUGGAUGGAGGACCGGCAUCCUCUUCAUCAGAUGAGGACUAUCGGGAGAAGGCCGUGAGAAGUGAGUUUGUACAGGGACUAUUAUGGUCUACCAUGCUAGAUGACAGCUUAUGACAGGCUCAGUAUAGCAGCAGUCUUCUUGGACUUUAUUUCUAUUUUCUGUUUUUUGGGGUAAAUAUCAUGAACUUUAAUGUAUACAAGCCUGUGGUCAGUGCCUUGUAUGUUGGGCUAAGUUAGAUGCAGGAAUAAUGUAUCCAUCUUUCAAGUGAAAUGUAAUCUUUUAUAAGCCAGAAGGAAGCAGGCUCUUUUUCUCCUGUUCCCAGGAUAAUGUUGUGCUUUGGUUCUUGCUGGUUAGGUAGUGAGUUGCGGGAAUGAGUUGAUACCUACAGAAAAGAAUUAAAUUUUAUUUAUACAGGGUGCUUGUUAAUUUUUCAUUGUCA